UGUAGAAAAUCAUAUAUGGCCACGCAACUCGCACCGAAAAAAUCCUUACGAAUUCGACUAAGUAGGCUGCUGUAGGAGUGCGAUCGCCUGACAGAAAAACAGCCGAACAUCUCUCACAGUAUAUUUCUGUACUCGCGUAGUCAGCACCAGUUUGAAUUUUGUGAAAAUUUAACAAAAAAAAUCGUUUUGCACUUAGAAGUUUUUUUGUUUUAAGUAAAAGCCAAAUAUGGGUAAAAUAGCGGCUAUUGGUAUCGACUUGGGUACUACGUACUCUUGUGUGGGGGUAUGGCAGCAUGGAAAAGUGGAGAUUAUAGCUAAUGACCAAGGCAACAGAACUACCCCUAGCUAUGUAGCGUUCACGGAUACAGAGAGGCUUAUAGGGGAUGCAGCUAAAAGCCAGGUCGCUAUGAACCCCAAAAACACGGUUUUCGAUGCCAAGCGUCUGAUUGGUCGAAAAUUUGACGAUGAGAAGAUCCAGCAAGACAUGAAACACUGGUCUUUCACCGUGGUAAACGAUGGAGGAAAACCGAAAAUUCAAGUAGAGUAUAAAGGAGAGAACAAGAAAUUUGCUCCGGAAGAAAUUAGUUCCAUGGUACUCACCAAGAUGAAAGAGAUAGCAGAGACCUAUUUGGGAGGCAAAGUAACCGACGCUGUCAUUACAGUCCCAGCGUACUUUAACGACUCCCAAAGACAAGCUACUAAAGAUGCUGGAGUUAUAUCUGGAUUGAACGUUCUCAGGAUCAUUAACGAACCUACUGCUGCAGCUUUGGCUUAUGGUUUAGAUAAAAAUUUAAAAGGGGAAAAGAAUGUACUUAUCUUUGAUUUGGGAGGUGGUACAUUUGAUGUUUCCAUACUGUCAAUCGAUGAAGGUUCUCUAUUUCAAGUAAAAUCAACUGCAGGAGAUACCCACUUAGGAGGAGAAGACUUCGAUAACCGUCUAGUAAACCACUUCGUUGAAGAAUUCAAAAGAAAGUUCAAAAAAGACCUCAGUUCGAACACCAGAGCCUUGAGAAGAUUAAGAACUGCUUGCGAAAGAGCAAAAAGAACUCUAUCCUCUUCGACUGAAGCCAGCCUGGAAAUAGACGCUCUCCACGAAGGUGUAGACUUUUAUUCCAAGAUCACCAGAGCAAGAUUCGAAGAACUAUGCAUGGACCUCUUCAGAUCUACACUCCAACCUGUUGAAAAAGCCUUGAAUGAUGCUAAGUUGGAUAAAGGAGCUAUCCACGAUGUUGUUUUAGUUGGUGGAUCAAUUAGGAUCCCAAAAAUCCAGAAAAUGUUACAGGAAUUCUUUUGUGGAAAACCUUUGAAUUUAUCAAUCAAUCCCGAUGAAGCUGUAGCUUAUGGAGCAGCUGUGCAAGCUGCCAUUUUGAGUGGAGAUACUUCAUCUCAAAUUCAAGAUGUUCUUUUGGUGGAUGUAGCUCCUCUGUCUUUAGGUAUCGAGACAGCAGGAGGUGUGAUGACCAAACUAGUUGAAAGAAACUCUAGAAUUCCCUGUAAGCAACAGCAAACAUUUACUACUUAUUCUGACAAUCAAAACGCUGUAACUAUACAGGUAUUUGAAGGUGAACGAGCUAUGACAAAGGAUAAUAACCUCCUUGGUACUUUUAACUUAACAGGAAUACCUCCAGCACCAAGAGGUGUUCCCAAAAUCGAGGUUACUUUUGAUUUGGAUGCAAACGGUAUACUGAAUGUCUCUGCCAGAGAUACCAGUACGGGAAAAUCAGAGAAAAUCACUAUAACCAAUGAUAAAGGUCGUCUAUCCAAAGCUGAAAUCGAUAAGAUGUUGGCUGAUGCUGAGAAAUAUGCUUCAGAAGAUGAACAACAGAAGCAAAGAAUAACAGCAAGAAACCAGUUAGAGACGUACAUCUUCAGCGCUAAACAGGCUGUGGAAAACGCUCCGAGUGACAGAUUGGGUGAGAGCGACAAAAAAUUAGUAGAAGAAAAAUGUUCCAGCGCUCUGCAAUGGCUGGACAACAACCAGCUGGCGGAAAAAGACGAGUACGAAGACAAAUUAAAAGAUUUACAAAGAGAGGUACAGCCUGUCAUGAUGAAAUUGCACCAAGGAGGUGCUCAGCCUCAAGCAGGACCAAAAGUAGAGGAAGCUGAUUAAAGAGCAUUUUUUUGUAAAUAAAACAAAUUUUUAAUUAAAUUAUUAUGUUUCUCUC